AUGGCUUUUCGAACACAAAGCACAAAGGGACGUUACCAUCAACCGUUGGUUGAAUUCCCAAUCCUACAGAUGUCACAUAUUCCGAACCUUCCAAAUAAAACCAGGCAGACCAAUAAACUUACAGAAUGGCUCAUCCAAAAACCGACUCGAGAAAGUUCGGACGAAGAUAGAAUAGAAGUAAGAAUAGAAGUUCCCAAAGAGACUCCAAAGAUCACAACCAAGCGUGGUAGGCGACCUAGAACAACAGGAUCAAGAUCGAAUACUCGCUCUGACGUUACUGGUUUAAAUACUCAAGAGAACGCAGAAAUAACUUCUGUGCCCAGAUCUCAAAAUCUGUAUGAUGCUGGGUUAACCGUAAACAGCGCAAUCUCCGAAACAUCCUCUACCGAGUUUUCUGAACGCAACCCGAUCGUCAUUUCCGACUCUUCAGAAACCUCGUCGGCUUCGUCUUCGGAAGAUGAGACGAAAAUUAGUAGGCAGUCUGAUGGAGGUGAUGAGAGUGCUGGCAUGACCGUUAGCGAGGAAGCGUCGAGCAGCAACUCAUCACCUAAAGAGUCGUCACUGCUUGGCGCAGAAUCACGCGUCUUAACCGAGAUUCUGGAUACUCAACACAACAGUGUAUCUUCUCGUAAACCUGGUCGACCGCGUAUAAUCGUUCCUAUUGACGAUCUCGAUCCACGCGUUUUGGAAUCAAGCAAACCACUCAAUUUAAAGAGCUUGGACGAGACACCGCACGUUGAUAUGAACAUUGUUGUGAAUAUAUUCCAGGUUUUCGAUUUCUUUGUCAAGUUUGAAAAUGUCAUCGGCGUCACUCUUGUCAACAGCAGCGGUGCUCGAUUAACUUAUG